UGAUGAGGCUCUUUAUAUUGAAUGUAUUUCACCCAGUGUUGAUGCCGAUGCACCCACUGCUGAACCGAAUGCUGAAAAUGCUAAAAAUGUUCAAAACCCUGGUGAUACUUCUAUGACUGAUCAACCUAUUGGAGAGGUUGAGGUCACAGAUGAUGAUCCAGAGGAGUUUCAUGUGUUGCAUAACCCUGAGCUGCCAGUCAUUGAAGAGCUAUCUAUCUUUCCUGACAUGACAACAUUCAGAAAAGCGAUUAGGCAUUUUGCUGUUAUGAAGGGAUUUGAGCUAACUGGUUUAAAAACAGAUCGAACAAGAUUCCUUGCCCAUUGCAAACAUGAGGAGUGUAAGUGGAGAAUUCAUGCUUCAAGGCUAUCAGAUGAAAAAUCUAUUCAGAUAAAGAAGCUGCCCUUUCCACAUACUUGUCCUACAACCAAGCUAAUGGAGGGCAAGAUGGCAACACAGGACGUUGCCGACAGGUUGAAGGAUUGGGUGAAGAAGAAUCCUGAGAAAGGAGCAAAGGAAGGAAAAUUGAAGCUUGAAGAGCAGUAUGAGAUCAAGUUGAGGUACUCAAAGGCAUAGGCUGGUUUGAGAGUUGCAAGGAAUCAGAUCCAUGGGAAAUAUAAAGAAAGUGUUCAAAUUCUAUUCAAUUGGAAAGCAGAAAUUGAGAAGAGAUCACCAGGUACAAUUGUCAAUAUUGAGUUGCAGAGGAUAGGGAAAUUGAUGUGCUUUAAAAGGAUGUUUGUAGCUUUCAAACCAUGUAUAGAUGGAUUCAUAAAUGGUUGUAGGCCGUACAUAGGUGUAGAUUCUACUAGAUUGAAUGGUAAAUAUAGUGGGCAGCUGGCCAAAGCCACUUCUAUAGAUGGACACAACUGGUUGUUCUACGUUGCAUUUGCAAUUUUUGACUCAGAAAUUGAGAACAACUGGUUGUGGUUUAUGCAACAGUUGCAUGGAGCCAUAGGUGAACCUGAUGGUCUAGUCAUAUCAACAGAUGCAUGCAAAGGGCUAGAAAAGGCGGUAGGUGCUGUGUUUGAUAAGGCAGAGCAUAGAGAGUGCAUGAGACAUCUUUAUAGCAAUUUCAUGAAGAAGUACAAGGGACCAAUAUUCAGCUUACAUUUGUAUCCUGCUGCUAGAAGCUUCACAGAGGAAGGUUUUAUGUAUCACAUGCAACAAAUUUAUAACUUCUGUCCUGAAGCAAUCAACUACUUACAGACCCACCAUUCUAGGACUUGGUAUAGGUCUGGGUUCAAAGAAGCAUGCAAGUGUGAUUACCUAACAAAUAAUGUUUCAGAAAGCUUCAACAAUCAGAUAAAGGCUCUUAAGGGGCUACAUCUCCAUGAGCUCGUUGAUUCUCUUAGAGAGCUCAUAAUGGAGAAAAUGUGCUUGAGGAGACAAAUUGGAGAGAAGAUGUCCCUAGGAAUCCUCCCUAGUGUCAUGAAGGAGCUGAACAUGGCUAGCACAAAUCUUAAAGUUGUGAAGGUGGCCAGGAGUGAUGAUGACAUGGCAGAGGUAUCUUUGGUUGAGAGUGACAACAACACAAGAAGGCACACAGUACACUUGACCACUCAUAGUUGUUCCUGCAGGAAAUGGCAGGUGACUGGUAAGCCUUGUAGCCAUGCCUUAGCUUGGAUUUGCUCAAACAGAGGAGUGCACAUAGCAGAUUUUGUGUCUGACUAUUACUCAGCCAGCAAGUUUAGGGCUGCAUAUGAAGGGAGAAUGCCCACAAUGCCAGACAGAUCAGCAUGGCCUCAUCAGGAUUUAGGCUUUGAAGUUUUCCCACCAAAGAUGAAGAGAGCAGCAGGUCGACCCAGAGUUCAGAGAAUAAGGGGAGCACUAGAGCCAGGUGCAAAAAGAGUUAGAUGCAAGAGAUGCCAGGGUUAUGGGCACUUUGAAAAAACUUGUAAGCUAGCUGAAGCAACACAUGCAGGAGAUGAGGCAGAGGAACCUCUUGCAACUCAAACAAAAAGGAAAAUCAACACUGAAGAGGCCUCCUCAAGCAGGCCUGCCAAGAAGAAAAAAAACUCCAAAAAAGAAGAAGACCCCCCAGAAGAAGAAUACUCCACAGAAGAAAAAAGAAGCAGGAGCAGCCUCCAAACCUCCUGCAAGGGUAGUGAGGAACUUGUCAAGUUGGCUUGCAUCCUAAGUGCUGAAAAUUGUAAAUGCUCACUUUUUAUUUUGAGGACAAGACUGUUAUGUCCUAAGAAUUUCCUAUCUGUGUCAUUCUGUCUUUGAACCUUGCUAUUUUGUACCCGCACCAUAGUAGUUCCUAUUUGUGUUCGGAUGUGUUCUCAUUUUGGGCCCAAGGACCUGUUUAAUGGCUGCCAGAACUUGUAUGUCCAGCUCACUAACUGCUACUAUACAUGUGAGCCCACAUACUGUCUCAUUUUGUUAUGUAUGGCAUGAUAUAUAUGUUUGGUGGUCUCAUUUUGCUUGUAUGGCAUGAUAUAUGUAU